UUUAAUUUAAGACACAAAAUAGAAAAAUCAACGGUAAGUUGGAGCUAACUCAUACCUAAAUACGGAGAAUUUUCAACAACAAUUCAACAAAAUUAAAUAAAAAUCCAAACUUUAAAAUUCCCAUUUUCACACACUCUCUUUCUCUCUCAAAACUCAAAAGAGUUUGUCCAAAAGAUAUCACCAGCUUUUGCCCAGAUUCUCUUUAAUAAAACCUUUCAUUUUUGCUGUUUUUCUCUCUCAUCGCCGCCGUUCAGUUCGCCUCCGCCGUCUCCGCCACCGUUGAUUUGGUACUCUGUUUACUUUCUCUCUCUCUAGAUUCUUUCUAUUUUCGAUGUUUUCGAGUUGUUUGUUGUACUGAUUCUUAGCAACUGUAAAACCCAUUAAUUUUAUGUAGAGUGUUGAUUGUUUGAGCUGAAUCUCAAUAAAUUUCAGUUUGGUUCUUGAUUUUUUUGAGUUGGGGUUGAAAUUUUUGAAAAAAGUAAAGAAAUUAGAAGAAUCCCAUUUUGAAUUUGAUAGUUUCUGAUGCAAGUAGGUUGGUCAAUUGUGAAUAAUCUAUGGGUAGUAAUAGCAGUGAAAGAUUGUUGUCAGCUAGGAAAUCACUAAACCUAAGCUUAGAAAAGUCGAAAUCUUUAGGGUUAGCUCUAGAGAAAGCUGGGCCUAGAUUGGGGGAAAUUAAUCACAGGUUGCCUUCUCUUGAGGCUGCUGUUAGACCUAUUAGGGCAAAUGAGGAAGCCCUUGUUGCUGUUGUUGGCCACAUUGACCGGGCUGUCGGCCCUGCUGCCGCGGUUUUGAAGGUGUUUGAUGCUGUACAUGGACUUGAGAAGUCGUUGUUGUCGAACCCCAGGAGUGAUCUUCCGGGGUACCUGGCGGUUCUUAAGAGACUUGAGGAGGCAUUGCGGUUUUUAGGGGAUAAUUGUGGGUUGGCCAUUCAAUGGUUAGAGGAUAUAGUAGAGUAUUUGGAGGAUAAUGUGCUUGCUGAUGAGCGGUAUCUAUCAGAAUUGAAGAAAUCGUUGAAGGGUCUUAGAGAAAUUCAGAAUGAUGGGGGGAAGACAUUUCUUGAUGGUGGACUACUUGAGGCAGCCUUGGAUAAGUUGGAGGAAGAGUUUCGAAAUCUAAUUACAGAAAAUAGUGUUCCGCUUCCUAUGUCUUCUGUUGAGGAUCAAGCUUGUAUUGCCCCGUCACCUCUUCCUGUAGCAGUGAUUCAGAAGCUCCAAGCUAUUCUUGGAAGGUUGAUUGCUAAUAACAGGCUUGAUAAAUGCAUAUCGAUCUAUGUUGAGGUCCGAAGUGCAAAUGUACGGGCGAGUUUGCGGGCUCUUAACUUGGAUUAUCUUGAGAUCUCAAUAGCUGAAUUCAAUGAUGUACAGAGCAUUGAGGGGUACAUAGCUAAGUGGGGGAAGCAUUUAGAGUUUGCUGUGAAGCAUUUGUUUGAAGCGGAGUACAAGCUAUGCAUUGAUGUAUUUGAGAGGAUAGGAUUAGAUGUAUGGAUGGGUUGCUUUGCUAAAAUUGCAGCUCAGGCUGGAAUCCUGGCGUUUCUUCAAUUUGGGAAGACUGUGACUGAGAGCAAGAAGGACCCCAUCAAGCUUCUAAAGCUGUUGGACAUUUUUGCAUCAUUGAAUAAACUAAGGCUGGAUUUCAACCGGCUGUUUGGUGGAGCAGCUUGUGCUGAAAUCCAAAAUUUGACUAGGGAUCUUAUCAGGAGGGUCAUUGAGGGUGCAUGCGAGAUAUUCUGGGAACUUCUGGUUCAAGUUGAAUUGCAGAGGCAAACGCCACCCCCUAUUGAUGGGAGUGUUCCAAGGCUGGUUAGUUUUGUUACUGACUACUGUAAUAGAUUGCUUGGGGAUGAUUAUAAACCACUUUUAACGCAGGUUUUAGUCAUCCAGCGUAGUUGGAAAAAUGAAAAAUUUCAAGAGAAGCUCCUUAUUAAUGCCAUCCUUGAUAUACUAAAAGCCAUUGAGCUAAACUUAGAUGCGUGGUCCAAGAUGUAUGAGGAUCCCAUCCUUUCAUAUCUUUUCUUGAUGAAUAACCACUGGCACUUGUAUAAGCAAUUAAAGGGAACAAAGCUGGGGGGUUUGCUGGGUGAGACCUGGUUGAAAGAACACGAACAGUAUAAGGAAUACUAUGCUGCUAUUUAUUUGAGAGAAACAUGGAUGACGCUUCCAGCUUUGUUAAGCAGGGAAGGUCUGAUCCUAUUCUCUGGUGGUCGUGCUACUGCUCGUGACCUUGUUAAACGCCGUCUAAAGAAAUUCAAUGAGACUUUUGAUGAAAUGUAUAAGAAGCAGUCCAGCUGGGUUGUGUCAGACAAGGAGUUGAGAGAGAAAACAUGGCAGCUUAUAGUACAGGCAAUAGUGCCUGUAUAUCGUAGCUACAUGCAGAACUAUGGUCCUCUGGUAGAACAAGAUUCAAGUUCUAGUAAGUAUGCAAAGUAUACAGCUCAGUCUCUGGAAAAAAUGAUUAUGGCCCUAUUUCUUCCUAAACCAAGCAGAUAUAGCAGCUUUAAAGGAAGGCAAUAUAGUGGAAAAUUCAACAAUGUCCCAACCGAUCAACAACAACCAUCUCCUACUGCUUCAUAGUGAUCUGAGUGCUUUGGUAUUUGUGUCAGCUAGUCGUUCCUCAGGUGUCCAAUCAAGUAUGCAAAGGCUGAUCUUUGUAUAUAAUUUAUAUCCUUGGAGAUCUUAAUUUGCAGUCUGAUAUGGCCUUGAAUUACUGCUAGACUUCAGUGGUUACUGAGAGUUGAGGCCAGAUUUUGGCACACAAUUGAGGGCUUUGAGGCGUUCAGAGGUGAGGCCAGGCAAGUAAAAUUCUACCUCCACCUUCAUCAGAGGUAGUAUAAUGUAUAAUUUUUGUCAAAGGUAUUUAAUGUUCCAACCGUAGCUAAAUUAUCAUCUAGAGGAAGCGUCGAUUCCAGGACCUUGAUGUACACCCCUUCCCCCAGAUAAAAUCAUUAAGUGUAUUAGACAAGUGCGUUGAUAGAAAACUAAUAAUAGAACAUUCAUUCUGUAAUUUGUUAGAUUUUUCAUUUUUGUAUGCUUUCUGAUUGUGUUGUUUUGGA